CUUCUCAAUAUCCACUAAUCACUAUACUAAUUACUAAUUAGAAGUGAAUUAUAUACUAAUUAGUCAUAUAAACAUGCUUCGUCUAUUGAUCUCUCUGGCUUGGGUUAUGGUGCUACUGGAAUCGUCGUCUUUGGCUUCAGCAAGCGUUGUGGAACACUCUUUUUAUGUGAAAAAUCUAACUGUGGAAAUAUUGUGUGAGAAAAGAGUAAUUACAGCAGUAAAUGGAAGUUUACCAGGCCCCUUGCUUAAAGUUCGAGAGGGCGAUACUGUCAUUGUCCAUGUUUUCAAUGAAUCACCCUACAAUAUUUCAAUCCAUUGGCAUGGGUUGUUUCAGAAGCUAACUCCAUGGGCAGACGGACCAUCAUAUAUAACUCAAUGUCCAAUUAAACCGGGACAAAACUACACUUACAAUUUUAACGCAACAGAACAAGAGGGCACGCUUUGGUGGCAUGCUCAUAGCAAAUGGCUUCGAGCCACCGUUUAUGGAGGUUUCAUUAUACUCCCAAGAAAAGACCUAUCUUACCCCUUUGCUAAACCUCAUCAAGAAUUUCCUAUCAUCAUAGGGGAGUGGUGGAAUGCUAAUGUACUCGAAGUUGAACAGCAAGGCGCGGCCACUGGAGCUGCACCUAACAUUUCAGAUGCCUACACAAUUAAUGGUCAACCUGGUCAUCUUUACUCUUGCUCACAAAAUAAAACCACAAAGUUUGAAGUAGUCCAAGGAAAAACAUACUUACUACGCAUAAUCAACGCUGCACUGAACAACGAACAUUUCUUCAAGGUAGCAAAUCACAACUUCACGGUGGUAGCUAUCGACGCUACGUACACCACCCCUUACGAAACAGACGUGGUGGUGACCGGACCAGGCCAAACAGUCGACGUCCUCAUGACAGCCAACCAACCUAAUGGGUCAUACUACGCGGCUGCGCAACCAUACUCAAGCGCACCCGGUUUACCAUUCGACAACACAACCACCACAGCAAUCUUCACCUACGUCGUUGUAAACACUACAAUUAAUACAUCCUCAACACCACCAAUCAUGCCUUCAUUACCCGCCUUCAACGACACCCCAACGGCUCAUAGAUUCUUCACCAAUCUAACCGGUCUAACUUCAGCUCGGUUUUGGGAACCGACAAUUCUCGACGUCGACGAACAUAUGUUCAUGGCAAUUGGGUUAGGCCUUGUUUCUUGUGGGAGAAACGAAAGCUGUUUAGGGAUAUUUAAUCAGAGUUUUGCUGCUAGUAUUAACAACAUUUCAUUUCAGUUACCUACAAGGAUGUCCUUAUUAGAGGCACAUUACUCUAAUGUUAAGGGUGUUUACGACAAUGCCACUUUCCCUGAUACGCCUCUAAUGACAUUUGAUUAUACCAACCCUAACAACAGCUUCAACCAGAACUUGUUGAUGACCACGAAAUCGACGACUGUGAAACGGGUUAAGUUUAAUACUACGAUUGAGAUUGUGUUUCAGGAUACUGCUUUGGUUGGGAUAGAGAAUCAUCCUAUGCAUAUUCAUUGUUUUAAUUUUCAAGUACUUGCUCAAGGGUUUGGGAACUAUAAUCCUAGUGUGGAUCGUCAAAAGUUCAAUCUUGUUAAUCCGCAAAUCAGGAAUACAGUUGCUGUGCCUACUGGUGGUUGGUCUGUCAUCAGAUUCCGUGCUAACAAUCCAGGUGUAUGGAUAUUGCAUUGCCAUCUAGAUGUGCAUCUAACAUGGGGUCUAGCUAUGGCUUUUAUUGUGGAAGAUGGCGGCACACCGGAAUCAACCUUACCGCCGCCACCUGCGGACUUGCCCAAGUGCUGAAACAUUAAUGUCCUUGUUUAUUAUGCGUACCAUUUUCGCAGUGUAUAUAUAUAUACUUGUACUCCCUAUGUAUAGAAGGUGCACCAAUCAUUAAAAUACGGUCAACUAAGAAAAGUGCACCAAUCAUUUCUAUACAGAGAGAGUAUAAUUUAUGCAUGCU